CAUGACCAUGGGUACCAGCCCGGGCCGGUCCUUCUUCCCUGGCAACCACUGGCUCUACUUCACUGUGUACCUCUUCACCUUCAUCGUGGGGCUCCCCCUCAACCUGAUGGCCCUGGUGAUCUUCGUGGGCAAGCUGCGGCACCGCCCGGUGGCUGUGGACGUGCUUCUGCUCAACCUGACCCUCUCCGACCUGCUCCUGCUGCUCUUCCUGCCAUUCCGCAUGGUGGAGGCGGCCAGCGGCAUGCACUGGCCCCUGCCCUACAUCUUCUGCCCCCUGUCCGGGUUCCUCUUCUUCACAACCAUCUAUCUCACUUCCCUUUUCCUGGCAGCCGUGAGCAUCGAGCGCUUCCUGAGCGUGGCCUACCCUGUGUGGUACAAGACCCGGCCCAGGCCGGGGCAGGCUGGCCUGGUCAGCGGGGCCUGCUGGCUCCUGGCCACAGCUCACUGCAGCGUGGUCUAUGUCACCGAGUACUUGGGGAAUUCCUUCCCCAGCGAUGGCAACAAGGAAACCUGCUACCAGGAAUUCCGGGAGGACCAGCUGGCCGUUCUUCUGCCCGUCCGGCUGGAGAUGGCUGUGGUCCUCUUUGGGGUGCCCCUGCUCAUCACCAGCUACUGCUACAGCCGCCUGGUGUGGAUCCUCCGCAGGGGAGCCAGUCACCGCAGGCAGAGGAGGGUGGAGGGGCUGGUGGCAGCCACACUGCUCAACUUCCUUGUCUGCUUUGGGCCCUACAAUGUGUCUCAUGUGGUGGGCUAUGUUCGGGGCGAAAGCCCGACGUGGAGGAGUUGCGUGCUACUCCUCAGCACUCUGAACUCCUGUGUCGAUCCCCUUGUCUACUAUUUCUCAUCGUCGGGGUUCCAAGGAGACUUCCACAAGCUGCUGAGGAAGCUGAUCGGGGUCCAGGGCCCCCGGAGGCAGGAGGGCAGUGUGGAACUG